AUGACACAGAAAGUGGCCGGGACUAUCGGCAUCUCCGUGGAUCCCCGCAGGUGGAACAAGUCUACUGAGUCCCUGCAGGCCAACAUGCCGCAGCUCAAGAAGUACCGCUCCAAGAUCAUCCUCUUCCCCAGGAAGCUCUCUGCUUCCAAGAAGGGAGACAGCUCUGCUGAAGAGCUGAAAUUGGCCACUCAACUGACAGGACCAGUUAUGCCCAUUCGGAACGUCUACAAGGAGAAAGCCAGGGUCAUCACAGAGGAGGAGAAGAACUUCAAAGCCUUUGCUAGUCUCCGCAUGGCCAGGGCUAAUGCCAGGUUUUUCGGCAUCAGGGCAAAAAGAGCCAAGGAGGCUGCUGAGCAGGAAGUUGAAAAGAAAAAGUAAACAUACUUUUGGUA